CCGUAAUGUGCACAUGCGCUGUUCUCCCAUCUGACCACCUCCGUCUGUCGUAGCAUCCAAGCUGGUUAGCAAGUGGACCGUCGUCGUAAUUAUCAUCCGUGUUGAACUUGUUCCCCUCAGGCUUGCUCAACACAGAUGAUCAUCACGAAGACGAUCAAGUCGCCAACCAUCUUGGCUAAAUCUCAUUCGCUUCCUGGAGUCCCUCAUUCCCAAGUCAUAUUAUCGCAGUCCAAGUCUCAGAAACCACAGAAACCACAUCAGCCUGCUACGGAUGUCACGACGACGGCGACGACGACGACGACGACGCCCAUGGAGGUGUUUAUGCCCCGAAAAUAUCAGGAAGAAAUCUUCACCCGUGCUCAGUCUAGCAACAUCAUCGCUGCACUUGACACCGGGAGUGGAAAGACCUACAUAUCCGUUUUACUCAUCAAAUGGAUAGUCCUUCAGCCUUAUGCCCGAGGAAAGGUCGUCGUGUUUCUGGUCCCCAAGGUUGCCCUCGUCGAGCAACAAGCUUCAUUUAUCUCUAGUCAGACCCCACUGCGGGUUCGCAAGUUUCACGGUAGACUCGAUUUAGAGCUAUCAGAUAGGGCAAAUUGGAAGGCGGCAUUCGAGGGCGCAGACGUAGUAGUUAUGACAGCUCAGAUAUUUCUGAACGUAUUGACGCAUUCCCACUGGAGUAUAGAUAAGGUUUCGCUCAUAAUAUUUGACGAGUGCCAUCACACAAGGAAAAAUCAUGCAUAUAAUGGCAUCAUGCGCGAAUACUUCCAAGUUGAUCCCGCCGAGAGACCCAAGAUAUUUGGCAUGACUGCGUCACCGAUAUGGAACCCUAAGGAUGCCGAAGGGUCACUUCAAACGCUAGAGAGAAACUUGGAUGCCACAGUCAUUGCCGUCCGGGAACACGUGUCUGAGUUACUAGAAAACUCCCCGCGGCCGGUCGAGCUCAUUAAAGAGUACUACCCUCCCCCCGACCACUAUUUGUAUUUAAAUCCCAACCUGUGGGACACUCUUAACUAUUUCCGCUCUGACGAUGUGGACAUUCCCUGGGACAAGCUUCUUAUGAAGUACCAUGUCACGCGCAACAGCCUGGGCCCCUACUGUGCCGACCUGUUCAUAUAUCACGACCUUCGCCCACGUAUAAGCCAGAUUUUGUAUCAAAUUGAGACUUCGUGGAAAGAACAGCUAGGCGAUCCACUCUCCUUGUAUGAUGAUGAAAACUAUGGCUUUGCACCAAUGGAUGUCGACGGUGCGGUAAACAUGCCCAAACCUCCCGUUCCGGUUGACCUUGAACAAAUCGAUGCAAUUUUAACCGACUUUCAACCCUGGUUCGAUUCUUCCCCGCCCUCACAUUCAUCCUCGCUCUCGCGUUCAUCGUCAUCCUCGCCCAUCCCCACUUCCACCAUUGUGUCUUCUACUCCCAUGGCCCCCAGCUCUCACCAAUUACCAACAGCUCAGUCUACUGUACCCGUAACGGUUCCCCUUGCUUGGUGCUCACCGAAGGUGAAAGCCCUCACGGAGGUGCUUCUCGAGUACCAUACGUCCGCGUUCCAUGGUAUUGUCUUUGUCGAGCAACGCCAAGUUGCAGCUUGCCUUGCCAAGAUCCUAGGAAAUGUGCCAGAAUUGCGAGGGAAGAUUCGCUGUGCCGAAUUGGUGGGUCACGGUGGUGGCCAUGGCAGUGGAAGACAGAAUGGUGGGAGCGGGGGUGGCAGAGGAAAGGCAGCGGUUUCGGUACGAGCGGAUGUGAAGGGUAUGGGACUGGCGAGACAGCAAGAUACAGUGAGAAUGUUUAGAGAGGGGGAACUCAACCUUCUUAUCGCUACGUCUGUCGCGGAAGAGGGUCUUGAUUUCCCAGCCUGUGACCUCGUAAUUCGCUUCGAUCCGCUUCAUCAUAUGGUGGGGUAUGUCCAGUCGCGCGGACGUGCCCGCACCAAAUCUUCUAGUUUCGUUAUCAUGGUCCAAGCCGGGCACACGGCGCACCUGAGUCGUUACACCAUGUUCCAGUCCUCUGAGCCGGAGCUUAAGCGUGUCUACCAGACGCGCGAGGGCCCCACGCGGCCCACUUCCCCUGGCAUGUCCUCCGAUUCUGAAGAGGGCGAGCUGGAGGAAGACGACCCCGAAGACCUUGCAGUCCGCGAGCGUUACAUCGUUCCAUCCACUGGAGCAGUGCUCACGUACGGGAGUGCGAUAGGCCUCAUUAACUACCUUUGCUCUUUGAUCCCACAUGACGCCUACACACCGCCACCAACGCCCAAGUACUCAGGCGACUACGCGGCUGUGCUGGAACUUCCCGCGAGCCUUCCGCUACCUAUCGACAAGUUGGUCUACCGCGGACCACCGAGACACUCGAAGCGGGAGGCGAAGCGUGCUGUAGCCUUCUUGGCUGUCAAGACAUUGCACAAGCUGGACGUUUUUGAUGAUUAUUUGCUGCCGAUCACGGGGUCGAAGGGACGGAGUGAGCACGAUGCAGACGGACGGAGGCUGGUGGACGUGUCAAGUAUUCCGGAGGUUUUGGAUGUUCAAGUGCGAGAUCCGUGGACGCUGGGACCGCGUCUACGCAUGCAUGUCAUCACGAUCGAUGGCAUUGACUCUGCAGGACUGGUGACAGGCACGGAGUUGCCAGCGCUCGAACUGAUGAGUGAAGGUCAAACAAUUUCGUUGCGAUGCACGGAUGAGCUUGUUUUCGAUGCGGACGAAGAGUUGGAGAAAUUACGCAUGCUUGAAGACUAUACCAAAGCCGGGCUCUGGUUUUGUGUCACAGGUCGUCCUAUCACAUUGCCGAUAACUUGCUUCGUUGUUCCACUCACAGAACAUAAUUGUAUUGACUUCGAAGCUAUGCAGCGCGUCAUCGAUGAACCCUAUGGCACGUAUGACUGGACGAGUGUCACCGAGGCUGACUAUGACCGUCUGAUGGUGAUGAACUGUAACCAGUACGGUCGAGCUUUGAUAUUGCACAACAUCCGAAAAGAUCUCACUGCACGUUCUGUUCCUCCUCCCGGUUCGCGCGAAGCGACACAUGCAACUUAUGAGGACUAUUUUAUGGAGCGUUGGACGCGCAAGACACGCGAAGCAUUCGUCCCCACUGACUGUCCCCUGAUCGAGGUCCGUAGUGUCCCACGACGUCCGUCGGGUUUAUACCGUCCCAUGGGUCGACUGCUGGAUGUAGAUGCUUUCAGGACGCAGACUGCGCCUAUUGGCUCUAUCGUUCCCCAAGGCGCAUGUAGACGGAUGCAUCUCUCGGAAAGUGUGUAUCGGGCGUUUCUCUUCCUUCCGCGCAUAUGUAGGCGUGCAACGGAUCUCUACCGUGCCCGCGAGGCUCGCUUCCAACUUGGCCUGCCCCCCAUCACCGACGAUCUCCUCAUUGAAGGCACCGCCCUGCCAACGACGAAUGCGAAAUGGAACAAUCAGCGUCUGGAAACGUUGGGCGAUUCGGUACUGAAGCUUGUUACUACGGUGCAUGUCAUGAACAAGUAUCCGCACCGCCACGAAGGACAGCUCUCGCAAUUGCGACAGAGCAGCGUAUCUAACAGGACCCUCCUGGCGCGUGCCACAGAGAUUGGCCUUGAGCGGUUCCUGACUUCAGAGGGACACAACGUACAUAUAUGGCGAUACACGAUCCCCGAAGGAGAGGACAUGUUGACGCACAUGUUGAAUUCGUGCCAUGCCGUGCAGAGGUCCUUCGCCCGACGUAGUUUACAAGACUGUAUGGAGGCUACCCUCGGUGCUGCGUUUUUGACGGGGGGGAUUGAGAUGGCCUUGCGUGCGGGUGAUGCCCUUGGGGUGUCGAUAGGUAACGUGAUCCCGUGGGGUUUAAGGUUCUCGCGUCCACCGGAAUCGUCACCUGUGCCACCUCUCUUCUCGGAACUGCAGGUUGUGAUGGGAUACGAAUUCCACAGGGGUGAGCUCCUCGUUGAGGCGGUUACGCACCCAUCCUUUGCUACGUCCUCUGGAGCGUCAUAUCAGCGCAUGGAAUUCCUCGGAGAUGCUGUGAUUGACCUUGUGGUGAUGCGCCACCUAUUUCAAAAGUUUCCGGAGGCAACAUCCGGCCAAUUAUCUGCUGCGAGAUCUCGUGCUGUCUGUGGCCCUACGCUGGCGUCCAUCGCAGUUAAACGUCUCGGGCUGCACAAGCAUUUGCUAAUUAACAAUGCUGAACUUAGCACAGCGAUCAACCGACAUGUGCCACUUCUCGAGACGCUUAUGCCAGAGGACGUAAUCGUGAAAGGAUGGAAGUACGACCCGCCGAAGGCGCUAAGCGAUGUGCUGGAAAGUUUGAUUGGCGCAGUGCUGAUUGACAGUGCUUAUAACUUUGAGCGGACGGCUGCAGUUGUCGAGGUGGUGAUGAGCGACAUAUUAGACGUGCUUACCACGAAUCUCCCCCGUGACCCUGUUUCAGAGCUCAUGGUGUGGGCUGCCACUGCAGGGUGUAAACGGAUUGCCUUCCAGAAAAGUCAAAGCAAUAUGGAGUUGCGACGUAAUGAUAGUAUCUCCGUGGUCGUGCAUGACGUUGUGGUGGUCGGACCCGUCACUGCUACCAAUCUCUCGCUUUCGAAAGGACUCGCCGCAGAACGUGCACGUAACUUGCUGAGCGACCCCAAUUUCGAGAUGAAUCUUGCUCGCCUGUGUGAUUGCGUCAAGGCAAUUCCGGAACGACCUAGUCAGGCUGAAGAUCCCAUGGAGUCGGCCGUUGAGGAAACGCCGUCCAGCCUCUCAGAUGAGACCGAAGAAGGUUUCGCAACUCUAGCUAAACGAAAGUUAGAUGAGAACUACGCUCCAAGUGAGAGCGAGGACGUUGACGUCGACGAUGCCGAGGAUGCCGAAGACGCGGAUGAAGCAGGAAGCAGACGGGGGGAGGAUGCGAUGGAAGAAUGACGAGUUACUAUGUAUUGAAUGGACGUGCCGUAGGGAACUGAAGUCCCGGGGCUUGAAGAUGGUGGUGCCACUGUUGGCAGUCUUGUACAUCGUCGUGAAACAUUGUCGACGGCCACUUCCAACGAUUAUUUGCCUGCUCUUGCACACGAUGAUACCGUGUUGUUAUAUGUAAUUUGUU